UACAUUAUUCGUUCAUUAUCAGUCCCAACACGUUUUACUUACAAACAGACCAGUCUGAUUCUGUCGCUCUGUUUGUCCGUUUGUGCGCUCGUCUGUUGAAAGAUGUUUACAAAACGCGCUGCUAUACUAGCAAACAGGAUUACCCUGAGACAUACAUAUCGCCAAACUCGUCUCCUACAAUCAGACCCGAAUGCGAGCUACCUCCACAAUCCAGGAUCUGAACCUCUAACUAUUGCAACGCUUGGAGAAGUACUAGCAGAAAGCGCAAAUAAGUAUCCGAACAGAAUCGCUGUUCGAUCUAUACAUGAAGAUUUAACUCUAACCUACGAAGAGUUAUUAACUCAGGCUGACUCUUUAGGAUGUACACUGAGAGCGAAUGGUUUCAACAAAGGGGACAGAUUAGGAAUAUGGACUCAUAACAUGGCGGCUUGGAUUGUCACAGUCUUGGCCGCGGCGCGAGUUGGAUUAAUAUCGGUCUGUAUAAAUCCAGUUUACGAGAAAUCAGAGCUAAGCUUCUGUUUAAAGAAAACUGGUAUGAAGGGACUCAUUAUCGGAAAUUCUGUCAACAAUAGGGAUUAUUACAACAGCUUGAAACAUAUCAUACCUGAAUUAGACGGCUCCAAACCUGGUGCACUCAUAUCUAAACAGUUUCCUGACUUAAAUACAAUCAUCAGUUUAGAAAAGGAGAAAUUAAACGGGGUAUUUACAUUCGACUCGCUACUGGAAAACGAAACCAACCAAGUGUCAAAGUAUGAGAGCGAAAUCAAACCGGAAGACGGCAGCAUCAUCCACUUCACCUCGGGGACCACGGGAGAUCCCAAAGCAGCUUUAGACUCGCAUUUAGGAGUCGUAAAUAACGCCUACUUUAUUGGAAAACGAAACGGUUAUGAUAAAGAUAACCAGAAAAUUUGUGUAAUGGUACCACUCUUCCAUGGCCUGGGAUCUGUGGGGACAACCUUGGCCGGACUGAGACACGGCGCGACGCUGGUGCUGGCCGCGCCCGUGUACAAUGUACCUGCAAACAUCAAUGCUCUGCUUGUUGAGAAAUGUACAGCUGUGACGGGUACUCCCACAAUGUAUGUAGACAUGAUAUCCCAGGUCCGAGAGCGCGGCGACCUUCCUCUGCGCCUGCGCAUGGCUCUCACGGCUGGCGCGCCCUGCUCGCCGCAACUCAUUAGAGACAUGCAUAAAUAUCUUAAAACAGACUCUGUGCUCGCCUUGUAUGGCAUGACGGAGUCCACAGCGAGCGUAUUCCAGUCCAAACCCGGAGAUGACAUCGACGUAGUCGCAGAUACCGUCGGCUACAUACAAGAUCACGUGGAAGUUAAGGUAGUAGACGAAGAUGGUAAAACAGUUCCAUUCGGCGCCCCUGGUGAAUUGCUCGUGCGAGGUUACAACACAAUGAUCGGCUACUGGGACGAACCGGAGAAGACGAAGAACACUAUAUCCGAGGACGGCUGGUUAAGUACCGGAGAUAAGUUUACUAUAUCCCCCGACGGAUACGGGCGCGUGGUUGGUCGGCUGAAGGACAUAAUAGUGCGUGGCGGAGAGAACAUAGCGCCCAAAGAGAUAGAGGACCUCCUGAACACGCAUCCAGAUGUUAUUGAGAGCCAGGUUAUUGCAAUCUCUGACGAGAGAUUGGGAGAAGAACUAUGCGCUGUUCUGAGAACACGAGAUGGCGCUACCGUCACACUCGAUGACGUGAGAAAAUUCUGCAGCGGACAUAUUGCAAAGUUCAAAAUACCGCGGGUCUUGAAAAUAACGGACAAUUUCCCGAAGACCGCAUCCGGAAAGAUUCAGAAGUUUAAGCUGAGAGAUUUAAUCGAAUCCGGUAAAUUAUAG